CCUUUGAGCAGGAACUAAACAUAGGGAUAUAGUGGCGGUCUGAAAAUACACAGGGAACGCUGCUCUACAAAAAAUAAAAAAAAUAAAGACAAUAAAAGGAAGAUUCUCGUUUAUGAUCUGCAAGAUGGCAGCGGCGACGUGGUCUCUAAAGAUAUCGAAAUCCCAGCAGUUAUUGCUGUGCAGGUAUAGAUUAGGAUCAGCGAUCUACAGCAGCAGAGGUUGUGCCAGUGAGAGCAAGAAGGGCUGGCUCCAGUCUCUGUUUGUGCACAAGGUGGACCCCAGAAAAGAUGCCCACUCCAACCUGCUGUCAAAGAAAGAGAGCAGCAACCUCUACAAGAUACAGUUUCAUAACGUGAAGCCAGAGUGCCUGCAAGAAUACAACAGCUUAUCGGCGGAGGUUCAGAGCAGGCUGCACAGUGACCAGGACUAUCCCUGUGAGAUUGUGGGCAGCUGGAACACCUGGUAUGGGGAACAAGACCAGGCCGUGCACCUGUGGCGAUACUCUGGGGGUUACCCAGCCUUGACCAAGUCUUUAAACAUGCUUCGGGACAAUAAGGAGUACACAGAGUUUCGGAAGGAGAGGAGUAAGAUGCUGAUCUCACGCAGAAACCAGCUGCUCCUGGAGUUCAGUUUCUGGAACGAGCCUCUGCCCAGGGCGGGUCCCAAUAUCUACGAGCUCCGCACCUACAGACUGAAGCCAGGCACCAUGAUUGAGUGGGGGAACAACUGGGCUCGGGCGAUCCAGCAUCGGCAGGAGAACGAGGAGGCGGUGGGCGGUUUCUUUACCCAGAUAGGAGAUCUCUACCUGGUUCAUCAUCUCUGGGCUUACAAAGAUUUGCAGUCUAGAGCAGAGACAAGAAAUUCUGCUUGGCUGAAAGCCGGCUGGGAUGAAAAUGUGUACUACACAGUGCCCCUGAUUCGGAGCAUGGAAUCUAGAAUCAUGAUCCCUCUGAAGAACUCCCCUCUGCAGUAACAACAGCAAACCCCGCCCCCAGACCGGCUCCACACAUUCCACUGUGUCAUUGUAAUCAAACACAAACCCCGCCCCCAGACCGGCUCCACACAUUCCACUGUGUCAUUGUAAUCAAACACAAACCCCGCCCCCAGACCGGCUCCACACAUUCCACUGUGUCAUUGUAAUCAAACACAAACCCCGCCCCCAACCCGGCUCCACACAUUCCACUGUGUCAUUGUAAUCAAACACAAACCCCGCCCCCAGACCGGCUCCACACAUUCCACUGUGUCAUUCUAAUCAAACGCAACUGUUUGGUUUUUCAAGUUCACUUACAACUACCACAUGGGUGUAUGUUUUAAAGACUUGGUGAAAUGCCACAGGUAGCUGCUCAUCUCAGAUUCUCUGUUGGCUCAGAUAAAACAGAUUGUCUGCACUAGAAGACUGGCUGUAUCUCCUCUACGCUCCCCUGCCUCCAGUGCCCACUCCUUCUCCACCCUCAUCCUGCAGUGGUGGAAUGACCUUCCUACAGAUGUCAGGACUGCCCAGUCCCUGACCACAUUCUGGCGCCUCCUCAAGACUCACCUCUUCAGACAGCAUCUGUAGAACUCCUCUUUUCCCUCUGGACACUUUAUCACUCUUCCUUAAUGUGCUUUACUUGCUGUAAAGUGCUUUAAGCACUUUAAUGUGCUUUAAUGUGCUUUAUCUGCUCCCUAUUUUACUGCAUUUAAUCCUGUACUUUACAGAGUACUGUACUGUAAUCUGCCACAAGUGUUAUUCAAUCUGUAGUAUUUUGCAUUUAAUCAUAUCCUGAUUUAACUAACACUGACACUGUUAUCUGCUCCGAUAUUGAAUCGUAUUUUGUCAUAUACUUGUACUUACUAGAACUGAAGUCAUUGUAUUUUAUCUUGCUCUUAAUUGUAUUAAUACUUGUACUGUGAUUCUUGAAAUGUAUUUUUUGUUUAUGACUAUAAGUCGCCCUGGGUAAGGGCAUCUGCUAAGAAAUAAAUAAUAAUAAUAAUAAUAAUAAUAAUAAUAAUAAUAAUAAUAAUAAUAAUAAUAAUAAUAAUAAUAUCACUUGUGUGAAAGGCUGUAAUUUACUCUGGGCUUUGCCUCUUGUAGAUUUUAUGUAAACUUUCCAUACUGUUGGAGUAAAAACACCAAUCACA